AUGCUCGAUAGUGCUAUCAGCAGCAUUGCGGUCAACUUUGCCAAUGAGCAGAUUACUGCUGCUAUCGAGCGCAACUUGCCUAGCCACCACAAGGAGAAGAUGCUUAAGAAUGUGCGCGCUAUCACCGUUGACCAGAUUAAGUGUGCUCUGCGUGAUAUCUUCCUGCCGAUAUUUGCUCCCAAGACGGCGAACCUUGUCGUCAUCUGUGCGACUAUGUUGGAAGAGGCUACAAAGCAAGGCUUCGAAGCAUCUGGCUUCACUCCUACCGUCCAGCCUCUCAAGAGGUUUGAAGAUGACUAUGGUCUCAAGGCCGGCGAUCAGAAUGAGGAUGAGGAUUAA